AAUGCUGUGUUUUCUCAUCCCAGUACUGCUCUCUUCAACGGACGUAACGCAAAACUUAAAGGCGCUUCUCGGUUCUGCGUGCGGGAGAAACCAGUUCAAGUUUGGCGCGGGGGGGAGCACGGAGCAACUCCCUCUGCUUUCUAAUCUUCUUGGACGUCCGUCAAAUUUCACUUUUCGAAUCAUGGAGGGAGAACAGAUUAUGGAGGGACAGCCACAGGUUCCGGAAAAUCCUCAUUCUGAAUACGGCCUCACUGAAAAUGUAGAGAGGAUAGUAGAAAAUGAGAAACUAAAUGCCGAGAAAACAUCAAAGCAGAAGGUGGAUCUUCAGUCAUUACCCACACGUGCCUACUUGGAUCAGACAGUUGUACCUAUCUUGCUACAGGGACUUGCUGUUCUUGCAAAAGAGAGGUGGUACUGAGGGAGCACAUCACCGGCCCUUACACAGACAAUUGAUGAUCAGGAGAGGACAGUUACCAACAGGAAUCCACAACUCACUAAACAUUGCUCAAUGGUAUUAGGAGCACUUAUGAUAGGGUACAAAUUAAUAUCCUACUGUCACCCUUAGCAGUGGAUAUGGCAGAAGUUGCUUUUGUAGUGUUAUGACUGACAAACUUUGUCAGGAGCAAGCAAAAACUGGAGGAUGUUCUUCAGCUUCCAUGGGCUCUGGACUGACAGUGCUAAUUGGUAACAAAGAAGGGCAGAGAUUCACCUGGCUGUCACACUGUUUGUGGCACAUACCACAAUUUAAGAAUGAGCAAAAAGAAAGCCUGUGCUUUCUGCUAACACUGAGCUGUAGUGUUCCUCUGCAUCUACAUGGAUGCUGUGUUUAUGUUACACCCAGUAAAAACUUCAUCCUAGUCUAGGAGAGAUAAAACUACUCACAAGGAAAGAAAGGGUAAUGAGGAAAGCAAGGGAGAAGGAAGCUUAAAAAAGAAGCAUAAGGAGAAAAGGAAUCCAGCCUGUUAUAUAGCAACAAGAAGAAAUUUAUGUAAGGAAUUUUAAAAGACAAGCUGAAGAGGAAAAAACCACUGCUGAAGAAAGGUAGUACACCCAGAAGAAAAUACCUAUAAAAUGUUUUUACUUAUUAAACCAUCUGGAUUACUACUCAGAAGUUCUUAUAUUUUAAUUGAAAGGGAAAUGCUUAGAGAAAAUAAAAGCUUUUCCUCUAAGUGAUAGAAAAUAAUACCAGAUAAUGAAAAACUAUGUUUUAUAAUAAAAUGUUCCUCCUAGCA